AUGGAUUCAUGCCGUGGUGUCCUUGAUGCCAUUUUAAAGUAUGCUUUGAUAGAGCAAUUCUACGAGGGGGAGAAGUACUGGAUGUGCGACAUGUACAGGUUCGACAGCUUCUUGCAUCACCGUAAAAGGUGGGAUACCUCGGUAACGGAAGAAAUCCGCCACCUGAAGGAGCAGAACGAAGUGAAUGAGAAGCAAAUAAGAGAGCUCAGUUUUCGUUUAGAAGAUACAGAGAAGAAGUUAGGAAAAGAGAUAGAAGGGAGAACUCAGUCGGUCAGAGAAGUGUACGACAUGAUAAUGGAAGUGGUUUGCGCUUGCGAUGAUUGCAAGCAUAGCGUUGUGAUUGCAUUGAACAUGGUACCAAACCAACCAUUUCACACAGGGAAGAAACUUGACACUCCCGAAUAA